CAAAGAGCCGGCUCUUUGAACCGGCUCGUUCGUGACGACACAUCACUAACAGCCAUUGAAGUUGCUGGUUGCUCGCUGUAGCGGAAGACUUGUGUUGGUUUAGUAAGAUCUAACCUGCCAUUUGUAACCGGACCCGGCUACAGGACGACGACACAGCGGAUGGGAACAUGGAGUGUAUUCCAGCGGCUAUUGAUGAUCUUGAGGGCAAAAAGGACCCGGUCGUAGAGGACCCAGAGCACAAUGUGUACACCCGGUUUAUGAAGUCCCACCGGUGUUACGACCUCGUACCUACCAGCUCCAAACUAGUUGUGUUUGAUACAUCGCUUCAGGUCAAGAAGGCAUUUUUUGCUCUUGUUUCUAAUGGGGUGAGGGCAGCGCCCCUGUGGGACAGCAAGAAGCAGUGCUUCGUGGGUAUGCUGACCAUCACAGACUUUAUUAACAUCCUACAUCGCUACUACAAAUCUCCAUUGGUUCAGAUAUACGAGUUGGAAGAACAUAAAAUUGAAACAUGGAGAGAGUUGUACCUUCAAGACUCUUUUAAGCCCUUGGUUAGCAUAUCUCCCAAUGCGAGUUUGUAUGAUGCGGUGUCAUCGCUGCUGAAGAAUAAGAUCCACAGACUGCCUGUAAUCGACCCCCUGACAGGGAACACGCUCUAUAUCCUCACACACAAGAGGAUUCUCAAGUUCCUGAAGCUUUUUAUAUCAGAGAUGCCAAAACCCUCGUUCUUGAGACAAACCGUAGAGGACCUGAAGAUCGGGACAUUCCAGAACAUAGCAGUGGUCCGCACCGACACACCGCUGUACACGGCGCUGGGUAUUUUUGUUGAGCAGCGAGUGUCGGCGCUCCCCGUUGUGGAUGACAAAGGUCGAGUGGUGGAUAUAUACUCCAAAUUUGAUGUUAUAAACCUGGCAGCAGAGAAGACGUACAACAACCUGGAUGUGACGGUGACCAAAGCCUUGCAGCACCGCUCUCAGUACUUUGAAGGGGUGCUGACCUGCCACAGGCACGAGACCCUGGAGGCCAUCAUCAACAGGCUGGUGGAGGCCGAGGUGCACAGGCUGGUGGUGGUGGACGAGCAGGAAGUGGUGAAGGGAAUCGUCUCCCUUUCAGAUAUUCUGCAGGCACUAGUGCUGACUGAUGGAGAAGAGGGCACAGCUUGAGGUAGUAACCCGAACAAUGAAAGGCUGCAAAGUUUUAAGAGGAGGUCAGAGCAAAGUGAGAAAGAAGAGGCAUGUGAGAGGGGAAUAUUGACAGUAUAUUGAAGUAUCAUCACCCAUCUCCUGUAACCAGACGUCCUAUAUUCACACAUGAAGACGUCUCCCUCCCUGCAGAAAUAUGAAGCUUUAGCAACGCAGCAAUAUUAAAUUGUAGUAGCACAAGACUGUAAAUGGAGCCGCGAGAGAGCGAGAGCCAAGAGACCUGUGACGAAGAGCUGACCAGGCAUCAUUCCCACUUCUGUGCUUGUUGAUCUACGUACAGUAGAGGAGGACCAUUAAUUAUGGCUUGAUUACAAAUGUUUUCCCGAUAGUGUAAAUUAUGUUUCAUCAGUUCACUGAUUUACCUGUAUUGCCUUUUGUUGGCAGCGUUUCAUUUCUAUAAUGAGGCUGAAGUGUAGAUGCACAUAGAGCCUGUAUAAGGGUCAUUUUAAACACUUUGUCAGAUCAACAAUUGGUGUGCGUUGUUGCUCCGACAUCUAUCUGAGACCUGUUCUUUUUACAUAUAUGUAGUAUGGUGUUUUCCGGCUUUAAUAAUCUUGUUAUGCAGCUAGUUUGAUUAUUUAAAUUCAGGUGGAGGGUUGAAAUCAUUUUUACCUUAAACAACUACCAAUAUGCAUAGACGGUGAUCGGUUACAGAAGUAUUUAUCUGUAUGUAUGUGUCAUACAUACUGUACAUGUAUACAAAAACUAGCCUCAUGCUACGUUUGUGUGAAGAUUGUAAAAAUGAUCUAGCAUAAUUUAUCAUUCAAACACUAGACCUUGAAGACCUCGGAGCUGGCCAGUAGUCUGCACUGGUCAGUUAUAUUUGAAAAUUAUUUCACAGAUGUAAAAUGAAAAUGGUCAUUGUCUAACUAAGUAUUUGGGCUUUUAGAAGUUUAAGCUUCGGGACCUCUUGCUUCAAAAAACCUAAUUAAGACAGUUUUAAUUAACUAAAAAAAUGGUUUCAUGUAAAUUUGUCGACAAUUAAAUCAAGUUACCACAGUUACCAGUAUGCGAAGAAUUAAAGUGCUCAGGUUUGAAUCUGUUGUGUAGCGAGACGGCAAAGUAGCAAACCUGGAGGAGCACUUCAGCAUCGACGAAUCUGCUGUCAGAGACGACGACCGUUAAUAAUUGUGCUGUGUCCUAUUUGAAUGCACAAGCUCUGGAGAUAUAUAUAUGGGUUUUAUGUUUUACCAUGUUGUCAUGUAUAACAUGUUUAAUGGAUUGUACAUUUUACUUUAGAGACACCUUUAUUUUCUGCUUGUUUUGUUACUCACACUUUGGCAUCAUUAGCGUUAAAGGGACUUGCUUAUUGCUUUCACUGCUGCAAAAUCUCAUCAGUUUUUUUGAAAAGUGCUCCAUCACUUGAAAACUAAUGGUCAAAUUAACAAUUUCUGUGGCAUUGUUUGUUUUCUGAUUUCUACCGUUUGAUGUCUUAAUGCCAGUUACAGUCAGUGAUGGCACGUCUGAACAUCUAUCUCAUCGUCUCACAUCUGUUCAUAAGUGUUUGUCAAAAUCACUCAAUACCAGCAUUUCCUGUCCAUUUUCUUAAGAGGAUGGGUCAGGAAUAUGUCACACUUCCUGUUUUGGUAAAUAUGAAAUGGAAUGUGUACAACUGUAUGAAAACACACAGUGUUUCUGCAUCGAGAUUAAGAUUGAAUGGAUGAGCAAUAAAGAUUCUUUGAGAGUUUG